AUGGUGAUUGUGAAUUCAACUGAAUUCCAACGUAUUGUUGAGGGUAAUGAAGGGAAAAUAGUCCUCUAUCUAUUCGAUAAAAAUGACCCUCGUCAUGAACACCUAUCUGCUGUUUUACAAGAACUGGAAAAUGAUUUCCCUAGCAUAACCUUUUGUUUUCUAGAUCACCUUUCGAUCAAAGAUUCUGCAAACGUUGAAACUCUACCAUCAAUACGGUGUUACGAAGCAAAAAGGAUUGUAAAUACAAUGGAAGGGUGUAGCACGGCAAUGAUAGUUACAUUCAUAAGAGGAUGGAUGAAAGAGAAAGCUCAGGAAACUACUCUGGAUAAGAUUAAAAGGUUAAUAUCGGAUAAUCCAGUCAUAGUAUUCAUAAAAGGCACCAAGGAUGAUCCAUUUUGUCGCUUCAGCAGGGCGGUUGUUAAUAUGCUAAAUAAAUCUGGCAUAAAGUUUGAGGGUUAUAACAUCUUUGAAGAUCCAGAAUUGAGAGAAGAACUUAAGGUUUAUUCUAACUGGCCAACAUAUCCCCAAUUAUAUGUCAAUGGGACCCUAAUCGGAGGGCAUGACAUAAUAGAAGAGCUUUACGAAAGUGGCUCCCUCAGGGAUGAAAUACCACAUGAAUACCUUGUAAACUAG